AUGAUGAAUCCACAGUACCUGCCGCCAGGGCAGAACAAUAAUGCACCAAGUAAUCCACUGGGCUUCCCUCCUACAUCACAAGACUUCAAUGGUGUCCAAAAUGCCAAUAUUUACAGCCAGAUGCCACCUAACGGGCCCCAAAUGGAUAUGUCUCAGAAAAUGCAAGGUCUAAAUCUCAAUGGGCCACAAGGAAUGCCCAAUAUCCCUACAUCUCAGUUACCUCCUGGACAAUUUCCCCCUACAUCAAACUUCCAACCAAGCUCUAAUUUUAGUGGCCAAUUGCCUCCUGGUAUGAAACCCGCACCGCAAAGCAGGCCACCUGUGAGUGGGGCGCCUCAGCAGCUUCCACCUUCGAUGAACCAAAAUGUGCCUCCCUCCUCCACGCCUGGACCAACAUCCCAACCGCAAAACUUCGGUCAGCCACCAAAUUCGCAAAUGCCACCUAAUUCUCAACUCCAAGUGUCACAGAAUUCUCAACCUCAAUCUUCCGUUCCAAGGAGUGGACCUCCACAAAUGGGUGGAGCACCUACUGGAUUUCAAGGUCCGCCAUCAAGUCAGCCAGGAAUGCAACCGCAACCGCAGCAAAUGCGAGGUCCUCCUCAACCUGGAUUGCAACAACCUGGUGUAUCUUCGUCUGGUCCUGGUUUUCCCCCAAAUCGUGUACCACAAGGUGGACAAGCACAAUUAGGUCAAAUGUCAAUGCCCCAACCAAUGCCUGGCCAGGGUCCUCCUACGAGUCAACCUAACUUUUCACAAGCUGGGGUAAUGCCUGGUCAUCCUCCACAACCUGGUGUUCAGCUGCAAACACAUUUACAAUCGAAUCAAAUACCUAGUCAACUUGGACAGCCUCCGCAACAACCAAAUAUAAGCCAACCCGGUCAACCACCACAUUCUGGAUUGCCUCCACAACCUGGAAUGCUAUCUCGACCUGGAAUGCCACCACAACCUGGUAUGCAAUCUCGACCUGGCAUGCCACCCCAAUCAGGCAUGCCGUCUCAACAAGGAAUGACACAGCAACCAGGAAUGACACAGCAACCAGGAAUGCCACCCCAAUCAGGCAUGCCCCCGCAACCUGGGAUGCCACCGCAACCAGGAAUGUCACCACACUCAGGAAUGCAACCACAACCAGGAAUGCCACCGCAACCAGGAAUGCUAACGCAACCAGGAAUGCCACCGCAAUCAGGAAUGCCACCACAACCAGGAAUGCCACCGCAACCAGGAAUGCCACCGCAACCAGGAAUGCCACCGCAACCAGGCAUGCCACCCCAACCAUCACAACAAAACCAGUAUCAGACCAUGCCCAAUUUACCUCACAUGCCACCUCCACUGAGUCAACAGAGACAAUUUCAACCUACUCCUGGAGCGCAGCCAGGGUUUAACGCCCAAUAUCCUGGUAUGCCGCCAGUACCACAACAACCCGGGGCUCAACCAGGCCAAGGCUACCAACAGGGGCCAGGUUUUCCACCUUUCCCUGGUCAGCAACCAAGCUACAACCAGCAGUAUCAGCAACCUCCUCAAAAACGGCUAGAUCCUGACCAGAUGCCUAGCCCAAUCCAAGUAAUGGCAGACGAUCAGCAGAACCGCGGAGGAAUCUUCGUUACAAAUGAGAAAGGGCUCGUUCCGCCUUUGGUUACAACGGAUUUCACUGUUGACGAUAAGGGCAAUGCCAGUCCGAGAUACAUCAGAAGCUCAAUGUACAGUGUACCCGUCACUGCUGACCUUUUGAAACAGACCGCCAUGCCCUUCUGUUUAGUUAUAUCUCCAAUGGCAGAAACAGUGGGUACGGAACAAGAGCCCCCAUUGAUAGAUUUUGCAGCCCUAACGGGGUCGCCGACCAUGGGCCCGGUCAGAUGUAGUCGAUGCAAGGCGUAUAUAUGUCCUAACAUGAAAUUUAUAGACGCCGGAAGACACUUCAAGUGUGCUUUCUGUAAAGCUACUACAGAAGUUCCAAUGGAGUACACGCAAUACAUCAACAGCAUGCAACAGUACGGUCGUGUUCCGGCGGAAAUGGCGCUCGGCGCGUACGAGAUCGUCGCUACGAAGGAGUAUUGCAGGAAUAACACCCUCCCCAAUCCCCCGGCAAUCGUAUUCAUUAUUGAUGUGUCAUACAACGCCAUCAAGAACGGCCUGGUGCAGACUAUCUGUGAUAAUAUUAUGGAUAUUAUUGAGGCAAUGCCCAAGGACGAGCAGACUGGAAAGAGUUGGACUCGUGUCGGAUUCAUAACAUACAGCACUACUGUACACUUUUACAAUAUCAAGGGUACCCUCGCUCAACCUCAAAUGCUGUCGGUGGGAGACGUAGGAGACAUGUUCGUGCCCCUUCUAGAAGGUUUCCUAGAAAGGCCAGAAGACAGUGGCCCGGUGUUGCAAACACUUCUUCAACAAAUUCCAGCUAUGUUUGAAAAUAAUAAAGAAACAGAGACGAUACUACUGCCAGCUGUACAGGCUGGCUUAGAAGCGUUAAAGGCAGCAGAUACAUCGGGGCAACUACUCGUGUUCCAUACAACUCUACCAACGUUUAACGCUCCUGGAAAACUCAUUCAUCGAGAAGAUAGGAAACUUUUGGGAACUGAUAAGGAAAAACAGAUAUUGGCACCGCAGACCACGGCCUACAACGAGCUGGGCCAGGCGUGCUCGGCGGCCGGCGUGUGCGUGCAGCUGUUCGCCUGCAACAACUCGUACGUGGACGCCGCCACGCUGGGCCAGCUGCCGCGCCUCACCGGCGGCCAGCUGCACAAGUACACCUACUUCACCGCGGACACGGACGGCGCGCGCCUGGUGUGGGACGUGCGGCGCGUGGUGUCGCGCCCCACCGCCUACGACGCCGUCAUGCGCGUGCGCACGUCCACCGGCGUGCGCGCCACCGACUUCCUGGGGCACUUCUUCAUGUCCAACACCACGGACGUCGAGCUGGCGGCUAUCGAUUCAGACAAGGCUGUAGGCGUGGAGAUCAAACACGACGAUAAGCUGACAGGCGAGGACGGCGUGUACAUACAGGCGGCGUUGCUUUACACGCACCGCAGUGGACAGCGGAGGUUGCGGGUUCUCAACCUGGCACUAGCGCUGGCCCCGCAGCUGACAGACAUGUACCGUUCCGCCGACCUCGACACCAUCAUCAACUUCCUCACCAAGCAGGCGGUGUGGGCGCUGCGCGAGGCGGGCCCGCGCGCCGUGCGCGAGGGUCUGACGGGCCGCUGCGCGCGCAGCCUGGCCGCCUACCGCCGCCACUGCGCCUCGCCCUCGUCCGCCGGCCAGCUGGUGCUGCCCGAGUCCAUGAAGCUGCUGCCGCUGUACACGGCCUGCGUGCUGCGCUCGGACGCCGUGGGCGGCGGCCCGGACCUGUCGUGCGACGACCGCGCCUGCGCCAUGUUCCGCGCGCUCACGGCCGACGUGGCGCUGUCGCUGGCCUACACCUACCCGCGCCUGCUGCCGCUGCACGGCCUGCCCGACGAGCCGCCGCGACCGCUGCGCGCCUCCGUCGACAAGAUGUCCGACCAGGGCGUCUACCUCCUCGAGAACGGCGUGCACAUGCUGGUGUGGGUGGGCGCGCAGGCGCCGGCGCAGUUCGUGCGCGACGUGUUCGGCGCCGCGUCGCCGCAGCACGUGGAGGCGCGCGUGUGCGAGCUGCCGGCGCUGGACACGCGCGCCGGCGCGGCGGUGCGCGAGCUGCUCGCCGACACGCGCCGGCUGCGGCGCUGCGCCAUGAGGUUAACGGUUGUUCCGGCGCGACAUCAAACCGAAGCGGAAUUCAAGCGGCUGCUUGUGGAGGAUCGCGGGGUCAAUGGCUCUGACUCAUACGUCGACUUUCUGAUGACCACGCAUAAGACCGUCCAGAAGUUGCUGUAGGUUUGGGUAGCGGGUUUGGUUAUCUGUUUGAUGGGUGUGCUUUAUAUUGGGAUGCACAUUUUUUGAUUGAGUUGUAUCGAAUUAUAUUGGGAAAGAAUUGAAAAUA